UGACACUUAAAGGUUACGUUUGCCUUUAAACGUCAGUUGAUAACUGUUCAUUAAUAGACACUUUAUUUAUGAUAACUGUUUAGAAGUGCGAUAAUUUUUUAAUUUAAUUAUUGAUAAAUUGAUAGUCCCCUGAAUGAUACAAACCUCUCAUACACUUCCACUGUAGCUAUGUGCAAACAACUAUGAAUCAACAAUUUGACUUUGUGAUGAUUUGUGUGCAUAAAUAGUGCAUGUACUACACCUAUUAGGACAUUUCCUCAAACAAUGAUGGAUAACGAUACCUGCUUUGCAACUCGUCACACGAACAAUACCAUUUUACUGAACGUGUACGAGGGAAUACCAGAAACACUGAUUCUAAACGUGAUUUGUUGGAUCUUACUUGUUUUAUUAUUUGCUUUAUUACGUAGCCGUGCGUGGGACUACGGCAGGUUGGCGCUUGUUCAGAGUGAAAAAUGGACCCAACUGUUUUAUAAAAACACCGAAGAGGCAUUAAUAGUCGAGGAAAAUGGUGAAAACGCGCUGUCGGCUGAUUCUGGGUGCUGUUCGUGGUUUCCAGCUGUGUUCAAAAUUGACAAAGAGCGGCUGUUUCUUCGUUGUGGCCCAGAUGCCUCCCACUACUUAUCCUUUCAAAGACAUCUGUUAGUGUUGUUUAGCAUAAUCACUUUCUUAUCCCUGUGUGUCGUUCUACCUGUAAACUUCAGGGGAAAUCUUCAAGGAGGGCCGUAUACUUUUGGUCACACGACCAUUAGUAAUUUAGAUCCAAAUUCGCAGUGGUUGUGGGUACAUGUUGUUACGUCGUUUGCUUUCGUGCCAUUAGCUAUUCUUAUAAUGCGGCGAUGCUCUAGUGGAAUACCAACUUCGACGCUCCUUUCAUCACGUACUGUCAUGGUAACCCACAUUUCACGUAAUCACAGGAACAUCGAGGAUAUACGUAGUUAUUUUUCCGUACGUUACCCGAACAUUCAAAUUAAAGAUGUUCAAAUGGCGUAUAGAAUAAAAGAUCUCACACAAUUGGAGGAGCAACGCGAAUCUGCUCACGAGGCAAUGUCUUUCUGCGUAAUGAAUAAUGAAACUUCUAUGAAAGUGCAACCAUACGGCUGCAUCAUUUGUUGCCCUUGGAAAACCAAGAACGCUUUAGAAUAUUAUACCACCGAAGAGGAACGCUUGCGGACCGCCGUAAUUAAUGCCCGACGACAAACCGCGCAAGAACCUUUAGGCAUAGCCUUCAUUACUUUCGACACGGAAGAAGCAGCCCAGUAUGUUGUACAUUCCUUUGUACCGGGCACUCGUUUUCAUUGGAGCGUUGCGAAAGCGCCAGCACCUCCCGAUAUAAUUUGGGAAAACCUGCAGGUUUCCUCACGGAAUUGGUACUCCAAAGCCAUUCUAAUUAAUUGCAUUCUAUUUUUCAUUUUGUUUUUCUUGACUACACCUGCAAUCGUAGUGACCUUUCUAAAUACGUGGACCGCGUCCCAAGAGGAAAUCAUAAAGAAAGCAAGCCCUUUACUAUCCGAAUUUCUACCUACCCUUCUGUUGUUAACCAUGUCCGCGUUGAUGCCUGUAAUUGUUUCCUAUUCUGACCAGUGGAUGUCUCACUGGACAAAGUCCGAGCAAAACUUCGCCACAAUGCAAAAAACCUUUUAUUUCUUACUAUUUAUGGUACUGAUCCUACCCUCUUUGGGGUUGACUAGCGCUCAGGCGUUACUGGAAUGGUCAGUGAAACCUGGUGGGCAAAACUACAGAUGGGAAUGCGUUUUUCUACCGGACAAGGGCGCGUUUUUUGUUAAUUACGUUAUAACUUCAGCGCUAAUCGGUACAGGGUUAGAGUUGCUUCGGUUUCCGGAGUUGGCAAUGUACGUAUGGCGACUACUUAUAGCGAGAUCUCUAGCAGAAAAAAUCAGUAUUCAAAAGGCGAUUCUUUCCGAAUUUCCCUUUGGCAUUCAUUACGCGUGGACUUUACUUAUCUUCACUACUAGCACAGUGUAUAGCUUAAUUUGUCCUCUAAUAACCCCCUUCGGUUUAAUGUAUUUGUGUUUCAAACAUUUAGUGGAUAAGCAUAAUAUCUACUUUGUCUAUAGGCCCAGUGCAAUGAGUGGUGAAGGUCAGCGCCUCCACGUUUCUGCUGUUCGCAAUGUUAGAGUCGCUUUCAUUUUGUUGCAAAUAAUAAUGCUAGCGUUCGCGUUUGUCCGAGGAGGGUUGGGAAUAAUGUCCAUUAUAUUGAUAUUGGGACUAAUUGCAACUUGUGGCUUUUUCUUUAUUAUGGGUCCCUUUCCUUCUUGUAAACCUACAGCCCUCUCCGUUAAUAAUUUGCCCGAGCAGGUGGAGCGGUACGUUGCCCCUGUACUGAUUAAAGUUCAUUCGCAAACUAGCACCCCAAGUCUUUUAUCGCCGGACUAUGGUUCUUCCAAUAUUAGCGAUUUAGGAAAACGUCUUUCCACAUCAUCUUCACUUACUACUUGAAUUGCGUGCUGAAAAACCUUACUUGGCUGUGAUUACAUACUUCAACUAUUUAGUAUUUAUAUGUGUUUUCGUGUUAAAAUGUUAUUAAGUUUGGCCUAUCUAAAGACAUUUUAUCUUAGACGUGUAUGGUGCAUUAAAGUUUUUUUAUCCUGUUAGUAUUAUAUUGCUUGAAAAUAAUAUAUGUAUAUCCAGUAUUUUUUCAAAUUUUGAUAACACUAGUGUGUA